GUUUGAGAAAAACAUAAAGCCCAGAGCGCUCCAAUAUUUGUUUGCUUAUUGUAUCUAACUUACUGGAUCUUUUGAUGAACAGAGUAUUUUGAUACCUCUUCUUAAGUCAUGGACAUCCCUGUUUAGAUUGAUCUGGCGCUGUACAUUUUGCCCUGGAACAGGAACUUGUAUUCACACUUUUUUCACCUUCUAUUUUCCAAGAAUGGCGGCAAAUGAGGGAGAUGAGGCUACUGUUUCUUUGGUAGAUGUUUUGGAAGAAGAUGAAGAGUUGGAGAAUGAGGCAUCUGCUGUUUUAGCUGGUAGUGAUUCUGAGAAGUGUUCCUAUCCCGAGGUAGGCUAUUUGCUCCACAUUGUUAGAGAAACACAAAUUCCCCCAAUUUAAGUUAGCUAUACUACAACUUUGCAGUCUAAGCCAGUGUUUAGUUGCAAAUGGAUUUUGAAAAAUUAAAACUUUGGCGACUUCACCAAUCGUAUGUCUGCCAACCUAAAUUACAAAUAUAAAGACCAAAUUGACAUAAUUGUUAAUAAAUUGAACUUGAUUUGUGUUUUCAUGAACUUGUUAUAACAAAAUGUCACCUGUGGUUUUAUCAAAUGUACAUUUUCCCUGUUAUGGUUAAUUGCCAUGGUAGACAUUGCGUUCAUGCUCUACCCAAAGACUGAUGGCAGUUUCACACGUGUGUUUGUUUUGAUGUGGUCAUGCAGGGCUAUGUGAAGCGACAAGCCCUCUAUGCCUGCAGCACCUGCACACCAAAGGGGGGCCAGCCAGCCGGAGUCUGCCUGGCCUGCUCCUACAAAUGCCAUGAAGGCCAUGACCUUUUUGAGCUCUACACCAAAAGGUGAGUUUCACUGCAUUGUUGACUUUUUUCGAUUAAUCUUUCCUCAAUUCCUUGUAUCCUCUUUCCUUGCCUUGUUCUCAAAACCUAGUGGAGAAGAAGGUCUGAAGGGAGGGACCUUGGACCUACUCCUCCAAAAAGGUUGAGGAGGUGAGGAGCUGGGAUUACGAAUUCAGAUAGACUGGAAUGGACACCUAAAGGAUAAGACAGACCAACACAAACGUGGGCCAUGCACAAAAAAUCAAAUGUUGACACAUACUGUAAGGCAAUAUUUGGGUGCUGUGUGUGCCCCUAUAUCUGUGCUCAAAGGUAUUAUUGUCCCACGCGAUGAAAUCGGGGAGGGGACUGUGGAUCUGUCUCCGUUCGUUCGUAUACUAGUCACAUGCGAUAUCUCCGACAGCACUAGCCCGAUUUUGACAAAACGUGGGUGAAUGAUGCGUCUUGCCACAGAGAUCCAGCAUUUACAAAAUUACACUGAUUUGCCCAAGGCGGGAGUUAUAGUAAUUCAUUGAAAUUUGUUAGUCACACACAAUAUCUCAAUUGGCCCAAGGGGGAGGAGGGGGAUGUUGCAUCAUUUGUGGGGGACGACAUGUUUACUGUUGCCUUGUUUGUCCUUUACCACCCUUCAUCCCACUGCUGGCUUGUCUCUGAAGCUAAGUAGGGUUGUCCUGGUCGGUCCCUGGAUGGGAGACCAGAUGGUGGAGGGCCAGUCGGAGGCAUUCUUUCCUCUGGUCUAAAGCAAAUAUCCCAAUGCCCCAGGGCAGUGAUUGGGAACAUUGCCCUGUGAAGGGUGCUGUCUUUCGGAUGGGAUGUUAAAUGGGUGUCCUGACUCUCUCUGGUCACUAAAGAUCCCAUGGCACUUAUUGUAAGAGUAGGGGUGUUAACCACGGUGUCCUGGCUAAAUUCCCAAUCAUGGCUACCUAAUCAUCCCAAGCUUCCAAUUGGCUCAUUCAUUCCCCCUCCUCUCCCCUUUAACUAUUCCCCAGGUCGUUGCUGUAAAUGAGAAUGUGUUCUCAGUCAACUUACCUAGUAAGGGUGAAAUAAAUAAAAUCAUGAACCACAGCACUCUCUUGCUUUAUCUGUGAUCUUGCAGUUGGGAACAGAAUUUUCCUAUAGUUAAUCCUGAAUUUUUUGCAGGAAUUUCCGCUGUGACUGUGGAAAUGGCAAGUUUGAAGAGAUGAGGUGCAAGCUAUACUCAGUAAGUUUCCUUACAUUUAUUGAAAUGAUGUGGUAGUUUGAUGUGAUACUGUACAGUCGUGGUCAAAAGUUUUGAGAAUGCCACAAGUAUUGGUCUUCACAAAGUUCGCUGCUUCAGUGUUAUGAGAUAUUUUUGUCAGAUGUUACUAUGGUAUACUGAAGUAUAAUUACAAACAUUCCAUAAGUGUCAAAGGCUUUUAUUGACAAUUACAUUAAGUUUAUGCAAAGAGUCAAUAUUUGCAGUGUUGACCCUUCUUUUUCAAGACCUCUGCAAUCCGCCCUGGCAUGCUGUCAAUUAACUUCUGGGCCACAUCCUGACUGAUGGCAGCCCAUUCUUGCAUAAUCAAUGCUUGGAGUUUGUCAGAAUAUGUGUUUUUUUGUUUGUCCACCCGCCUCUUGAGGAUCAACCACAAGUUCUCAAUGGGAUUAAGGUCUGGGGAGUUUCCUGGCCAUGGACCCAAAAUGUCGAUGUUUUGUUCCCCGAGCCACUUAGUUAUCACUUUUGCCUUAUGGCAAGGUGCUCCAUCAUGCUGGAAAAGGCAUUGGUCGUCACCAAACUGUUCUUGGAUGGUUGGGAGAAGGAUGUGUUGGUACCAUUCUUUAUUCAUGGCUGUGUUCUUAGGCAAAAUUGUGAGUGAGCCCACUCCCUUGGCUGAGAAGCAACCCCACACAUGAAUGGUCUCAGGAUGCUUUACUGUUGGCAUGACACAGGACUGAUGGUAGCGCUCACCUUGUCUUCUCCGGACAAGCUUUUUUCCAGUCUGUUAUUCUAACUCAAAUCAGCAUGACAGAGUGAUCUCCAGCCUUGUCCUCGUCAACACUCUCCCCUGUGUUAACGAGAGAAUCACUGACAUGAUGGCAGCUGGUCCUUUUGUGGCAGGGCUGAAAUGCAGUGGAAAUGUUUUUGGGGGAUUAAGUUAAUUUUCAUGGCAAAGAGGGACUUUGCAAUUAAUUGCAAUUCAUCUGAUCACUCUUCAUGACAUUCUGGAGUAUAUGCCAAUUGCCAUCAUCAAAACUGAAGCAGCAGACUUUGUGAAAAUUAGUAUUUGUGUCAUUCUCAAAACCUUUUGACCAUGACUGUAGUUUGAGUUAUAGAGACAUGAGGCCAAUAACAUCAUGAUAGGCAUGUUUUCUAUAUGAAGCCAGUUACAGGUCCGGCCAAAUAUAUUGGCACCCUUGCACUUUUCUUAAAUAAUUCCCUAUUUCUUCUAAAAUAAGUAAAAAUUUAAAACAACUUUUGGUCUCCACACCAUGUUAUUAGAUUUUCAACAUUGCAAAACCAAUUUAAUUUUUGUGCAAUAUGUAACUUUUAGGGGACCCGACCAAAUUCACAUAGGUAUGUGAGUUAAAGAUCUGUCAUUCUCGUUGAAAGCAAGUCUAAGAAGCGGUAGAUAUGUUUUAUGUGCGCUAUUUCUAUGCUUCCCGUUCUUACGUUUAGUUUUUGCGUCUUUUACUUUCGGUUUUGUACACCAGCUUCAAACAGCUGAAAAUACAAUAUUUUUGGUUAUGGAAAAGGUAUUCCACAGCGGUUUAGAUGGUGCAAUGAUUCUCUACACUACACUUGCUUGUUUUGUCACAUAAAAGAGGCAGCAAAGAAACCCCAUAGCAUUAUCGGGCGGCAGGUAGCUUAGUGGUUAAGAGCGUUGUGCCAGUAACCGAAAGGUCGCUGGUUCUAAUCCCUGAGCCGACUAGGGGGGAAAUCUGUCGAUGUGCCCUUGAGCAAGGCACGUAACCCUAAUUGCUCAUGUAAGUCGCUCUGAAUAAGAGCGUCUGCUAAAUGACUAAAAUGUAAAUGUAAUUAUCGAACCUCCCCCUUGUUUGAUUUUAGGGAGGGUGUUCUUUUCUUGGUCGUUUUCUUGGUCGUUGGUCAUUUGGUCGUUGGUAAACAUAGGAAGACCCCACUGCUGAAGAAGGCUCAAGAAAGCCUGAUUUGAACUUCUCAACAGCCCACCUAAAAAAGCCUAAAUCCUGGGGAAAAUAUUAUGUGGACCAAAAAAACAAAAUUAGAGCUCUGGAAAUGUAGAUCAGCGCUGUGUUUACUGACGACCAAAAACAGCAAUUGGUGGAGGGCAACUCUCAAACAUUGAAGAAUUAGAGCAAUUUGCUGCAGUUAUUUUUCUGCAGUUAUCUUGGCCAAAGGCUGUGCAACCAAGUACUAGCUCCAGGGUGCCAACAAUUUUGUCCAUGCCAUUUGUCUUUGUUUUCUCAAUUAAAAUAGUCAACUUAAGCAUACAAAUAUAAAAUUGGUUCUGCAAUGUUAAAAAUCCAGUAAAAAUCCAAUUGGGAGACAUUGAUCAAGGCAUAGAGUACUACAUGGCCCAUGAUGUUACUGAUUUCGCAUUCUUUCUUUUAGGACAAGGAUCAGUUGAACACUGAAAACAAAUACAGCCACAAUUUUUGGGGUCUGUAUUGCACCUGUAACAGACCGUAUCCAGACCCAGAAGACCCGGUGAGAGUUGACCAUUCACCUCAAAUUGUCUAUGAAUUGGUGUUAAAAAUCAGUAAUCCAGUAAAGAUCUAUUGACCAAAACAUGUCUUUCCCAGGUUGAAGAUGAGAUGAUACAGUGCAUUGUCUGCGAGGACUGGCUUCAUGGCAGGGUAAGGCCUUUGUGGAGGACGUAAGCAUAAGGAUGUGUUCAAGGUGCACAUGUCCCUGGGCAUGUACACUCCCCUAUGUAUUUAUUUGGACAGUGAAGCUAAAACUUUUAAUUUGGCUCUAUACUCAAGCAUUUUGGAUUUGCGAAAAAGUGUUUCAUAUGAGGUGACGGUACAUAAUGUCACCUUUUAUUUGAGGGUAUUUUCAUACAUCUGCUUUACCGUUUAGAAAUGACAUUUUUACAUUUACAUUUUAGUCAUUUAGCAGACGCUCUUAUCCAGAGCGACUUACAGUUAGUGAGUGCAUACAUUUUAAUUUUUGAUACUGGAAUCGAACCCACAACCCUGGCGUUGCAAAUGCCAUGCUCUACCAACUGAGCUACAUCCCUGCCGGCCAUUCCCUCCCCUACCCUGGACGACACUGGGCCAAUUGUGCGCCGCCCAUGAGUCUCCCGGUCGCGACAGAGCCUGGAUUCGAACCAGGAUCUCUAGUGGCACAGUUAGCACUGCGAUGCAGUGCCUUAGACCACUGCGCCACUCAGGAGAUUUAUGGUGUCCUACGCAUGCCACAGAGCUUUAUGAGCUCUGUCAGUCUCUGAAAUGAUGUUACACAUGGCUCAAUGCACUUUAUGUAUCUAGUCCCCCCAUUUGAAGAUGUCAUAAGUAUUUGGACAAGUUCACUUAUACACUACAUGACCAAAAGUAUGUGGACACCUGCUUGUCAAACAUCUCAUUCCAAAAUCAUGGGUAUUAAUAUGGAGUUGGUCCCCCCUUUGCAGCUACUCUUCUGAGAAGGCUUUCCACUAGAUGUUGAAACAUUGCUGCGGGGACUUACUUCCAUCCAGCCACAAGAGCAUUAGUGAGGUCAGGCACUGCUGUUGGUCGAUUAGGCCUGGCUCGCAGUUGGCGUUCCAAUUCAUCUUAAGUGUUUAAUGGGGUUGCGGUCAGGGCAUUGUGCAGGCCAGUCAAGUUCUUCUACACCGAUCUCGACAAACCAUUUCUGUAUGGACCUCGCUUUGUGCACGGGGGCAUUGUCAUGCUGAAACAGGAAAGGGCCUUCCCCAAACUGUUGCCACAAAGUUGGAAGCACAGAAUCGUCUAGAAUGUCAUUGUAUGCUGUAGUGUUAAGAUUUCCCUCCGAACUAAGGGGCCUAGCCCAAAUCAUGAAAAACAGACCAUUAUUCCUCCUCCACCAAACUUUACAGUUGGCACUAUGCAUUGGGGCAGGUAGCGUUCUCCUGGCAUCCACCAAACCCAGAUUUGUCCGUCGGACUGCCAGAUGGUGAAGCGUGAUUCAUCACUCCAGAGAACACGUUUCCACUGCUCCAGAGUCCAAUGGCGGCGAGCUUUACACCACUCCAGCCAACACUUUGUAUUGCACAUGGUGGUCUUAGGCUUGUGUACGGCUGCUCGGCCAUGGAAACCCAUUUCAUAAAGCUCCCGAAGAACAGUUAUUGUGCUGAUGUUGCUUCCAGAGGCAGUUUGGAACUCGGUAGUGAGUGUUGCAACCGAGGACAGACAAUUUUUACGCGCUUCAGCAUUCGGCAGUCCUGUUCUGUAAUUGCGGCUGAGCCGUUGUUGCUACUAGACAUUUCCACUUCACAAUAACAGCACUUACAAUUGACUGGGGCACCUCUAGCAGGACAGAGAUUUGACGAACUGACUUGUUGGAAAGGUGGCAUCCUAUAACGGUGCCACGUUGAAAGUCACUGAGCUCUUCAGUAAGGCCAUUCUACUGCCAAUGUUUGUCUAUGGAGAUUGCAUGGCUGUGUGCUCGAUUUUAUACACCUGUCAGCAACAGGUGUGGCUGAAAUAGCCAAAUCCACUAAUUUGAAGGGGUGUCCACAUACUUUUGUAUAUAUCAUACUUUUGACUACAUCAAGCUUGUGACUCUACAGAGUUGUUGGAUGCAUUUGCAGUUUGUUUUGGGUGUGGUUCAGAUUAUGUUGUGCCUAAUAGAAGUGAAUGGUGAAUAAUGUAUUGUGUCAUUUUGGAGUUACUUUUAUUUUAAAUAAGAAUAGAAUAUGUUUCUGAACACUUCUGCAUUAAUGUGGAUGCUACCAUGAUUAUGGAUAAUCAUGAAUAAUGAUGAGUGAGAAAGUUAGAAGCACAAAGAUCAUACCCCCAAGACAUGCUAACCUCUCACCAUUACCAAUAAUGGGAUGUUAGCAUUAGGGGUAUGAUAUUUAUGUGAAUACAAGCCCUGGACAGAUCAGAUCUUUACAAUGCCUGGAGAAGCGUUUAACACAGGGUUCUCCAACUUUUGGUCCUGGAGAGCUACUUGGUGUGCAAGCUUUUGUUCCAGCCCAGCACAAUGGAUUCAGCUAAUCAUGGUACAGAUUGAAUGGGUUUGUUCAGUAGGAAGCAACAUAGUAAAACAUUUAAAAACGGAAAGCGAAAUUGAGCAUUCUUAUUGGACAGGUUCGGAUAGGAGCGCCUCUGUUUCAAACUGCUUUCUCACAUUUUGUGCCUACUGAACACAGCCCAUAAUUUAUUGAUUAAUUGUGUUAGUGCCGGGCUGGAACAAAAGCCUGUACACCCAGUAGCUCUCCAUGACCAGAGUUGGAGAACCCUGGUUUAACAUCUUGUGAACCACAUCAAGAUAAUAUACGGAUCCUAUAAUCUGUUGUCAUAUAUCUGGAACGCAUCCCAAGUCUUUAACUCAAGUCCGGCCUGGUCUUGACUGUGUACCCUUGAUACCAUAACUGCUAUAUGAGCAUAUGUAUAUGAGUGUUAUUACGGUUUUCAUCCAGCACUUGGGCUGUCCUGUGCCAGAGUGUGUGGAGCUCCAGGAGAUGGUGUGUGAGUCCUGCAUGAACAAUGCUCCUUUCCUGUGGACCUACGCUACCCAUCUGGCAGGUACUCAUAGAUCCUAUAAUUCACAGUGAUUCUUUAUGUAAUUCUAUGGGUACUCUCUCCUUACCUUCAGUUUACUGGCAUGCUCCAAUUGUCAACAAAUUCAGAAAGAAAACACAAACUUCAGGAUAGGAGACAUCCUUUAGGCCUACUCUUGAGUUCUUUUGAGAGAUUACAUUGUGUUUUGAGUGUUUCGUUUAUGCUUCUAUGUGAAUUUACAGGUAAUUGCCAAAAUAAAGGAAACGUCAACAUAAAGUGUCUUAAUAGAACAGCUUCAAUGUGCCUUGGCAUAGAUUCUACAAGUGUCUGGAACGCUAUUGGAGGGAUGCGACACCAUUCUUCCACUAGAAAUUCCAUCAUUUGGUGUUUUGUUGAGGGUGUUGGAAAACCCCAAAUAAGUGUUCAAUUGGAUUGACACCUGGUGACUGAGACACACACACGUUUAAAACCCCCAUGCUCCUUUAAGACCCCUCUUUCAAAGUCACUGAGAUCUCUUCUAGCCUUGUUAGCCAAAAUAAUGGGCAACUGGAAAUGUUUAUACAUUACCCUGAGCAUGAUGGGAUGUUAAUUGCUUAAUUAACUCAGGAACCACACCUGUGUGGAAGCACCUGCUUUCAAUAUACUUUGUAUCCCUCAUUGCCUCAAGCGUUUCCUUUAUUUUGGCAGUUACAUGUACAAUAAUAAUGAAACCUGCAGUAACUAGUGAACAAGAGGCUAUGGUCUGCGGUAGAGCAGUUUACUUCAAUGAGUGAAUAACAAAAAUGCUAAAGUACCGUUAGCUAUUGAGGUCAAAGUGUGCACUAUUUCAUUCCCCCUUAAGGAUUUUUAAGGUCCAAUUCAGCCGUUUUGAUCUCAAUAUCAAAUAAUUUCUGGGUAACAAUUAAGUACCUCAUUGUGAUUGUUUUCAAUUAAAAUUGUCACAAAGAAACAAAAGAGCUUCUUAGCGAAGAGCAAUUUCUCAAGCAAGAAUUUUGCUAGGACUGUCUGGGAGUGGUCUGAGUGGAAAUGGGAAAACUGAAAACUAGCUGUUAUUGGCAGGGAGGUUUCAGACUCUUUCUCAUUGGUCUAUUAACUCAUUAAUCACGACACAGGCCAAAACUCCAUCCCACCAAACCAGGCUGAAAUUUCAGGCGGCCUUUUCAAAGAGCUCUUACACUAAAAGGGCACUAUCAUCAUUUUCACAAUUUCACAGUAUUAUUCCAACCUCAGUGUGGAAAUAUAUAUAAAAUACAGGAAAACCACGUUUUUGACUGCAGUGGGCAUUAGAUUGGAUUGGUUAAUACAGUGCCCGAUUUCAGCAGCUGGUAAUUACUGAUUAAUAUGUUUACAUUACUUUUAUUCAUUUCCCACCAUUUUAUAAGUCAGAAUAAAACAAACUAGACAAUCAGAGGCUCUAUCCAGGGUUCUGAUUAGAGGGAGUACAGCUACGACCGGACGUGAUUUUUCGUAGCAGGUUAGGAUAAUUAACUUGGCAGGUUAGGAGACUUAGGUUAAGGUUAGGAAAAGGGUUAGGGUUAGCUAAAAUGCUCUCCUAACCUGCUACGAAAAGUGACUUCCGGCCGUAGCUGUACUCCCUUACCUGUUUUCCACGUCACAUCAAAGGGGCGGCCUUAGAAAAGCUCCUCUGCUGGUAGACUCGAUCACGAUACAGACAUGACAAAAAACAACGAUGGAUUUCUAUCGAACAGGCGGCUCUAAAUAUAUAGCUAUAGUAAAACAGUGCAAAGAGCCUGUCAGCUCUUAAGUGGCUCCAUUUUGUUUUGUAUUUCUCCACCAGUGCCUGCUGCGACCAAAGCAAGCCCCUGCAAAGCAGAAGGGGAGGUGACGAACGAAGAGGGGGACCGUGAGGAGGGAAAGAAUACAACAGCGGAGGCCUCCACGAGCCUCAAUAACCAGGGUGAAGAGAAGGUACUCCACCUCUCUCGAUACAAAUCUUCAUAUACACUCAAUGUUACGAGGACAAUGAAGAGCAUUUUAUUUAUUGCAGUACAUUGAAUAUCAUGAAUGAACCUGUAGAUGGGUAUCUUGUUUUGAAAGUAUCACUGAGAAAGGGAUAUUAUGACCAGAUAAAACAGAUGGAUGGAAAUAUAUUAUGUAGAAAAGUUUUCCAAUGCGGCUUCAUGCUUUUUAAGUACACACGUUUCAGAAGUCAAGUUUCUGCUUUGAUCAUUAUUGACAGCAUUUCAUACAUGCAGAGUAGUGAAAGGGACUGUCGGUAUUAACCACCAGGUGGCGUCAGUCCUCUAACAGUCAGCAUGAGAUAAGCGCACAGAACCAGGCUGUUAGUUUUCUGUGGGUAUUUAGGGGAUAAAUGGCCCGUACCAUGCGCAGAUUCUCCGGUCUGUGGGGAGCAGCCCCAAGGCUUUGCGGCGCCCGCAUAUCAUCAACAAGAACGAUUUCAUUAGUCAGCCUCUGAGGCGAGCUUUAAAUUGAAGACAGCCUUAUUUGACAGCAAAUAUGGAAGCCCACGAUUUGCCCCCUCAUGCUGGGGCCCGGUGAGGUCGCACAUUUGCGUGCACUGAAGACAGAAGUCACUCUAAUGCAACUGUUUUUUGGUGUAUCCUCCUAAUGUUGGUUUUGGUUUUAUGGGAGUGGUCUGUCUACUGGCGAGGUAGUGCAAGGUAAUGGGCCUUGAUAAGAUUCUUAGGAAAUAUUUCCUUUCUUUCUUCUUUCCUUAGACUUAACUGAUCAUACAGGGCGGGAUAAGUUAAAGCAAGGUGUCCACUUUCUACUCUCAACCUUUCAACCUCUUCAUUAAUGUCUCACCUUUUGUAAUCAUAUUGAGGAUGGAAAGAUGCAUCUUUUGAGUGUUCAAACAGAGGACAUUGUGUGACAUCUGUCCUACUCGCAGGUAAAAUCCAAUGGGGUGCCAGGCUGCAAAAGGAGGCACCAGGAGAUGGAGGGAGGCUCGCCCUCCAAAGCCCCCUCCGAUUGCAGGUUCAAGGAGCUGAGGGGCACAGGUACAGAGAGAGCAGAGUUUGGAGCUGUAUUCUGGCCCUCAGCCUGGAGAACCAAACUCUGUUCCUGUGUCAGCUGCAAGGUAUGUCUUCACCACUUAUCACAUCAACCAGGCUGCUACUCUGUUCUCUGCUUCAGCUGAUUUAGAAGCAAGUCAAACAUCCACAAUCUGGGGUGUAUUCACUGGGAACCAAACUGAAGCAAACGGGCUGAAAGUGGGAGGGACUAACCUACAUUUGUCCAAUAAGAAACGCUGGUUUUCGUUGUAAAACAUUUUCAGUGCAAAAUGUUUUGCUACAGUGUGCACUAAUGAAUACACCUGUUUUAUUGUAGAACAGGUAAAUAAAUGCAUGUUGUUUAGGCCUUUCAGUUUGGUGUGUAUGUACGAGCAGUAUCUUGCAAAACAAGUCAAAGGCAUAAUACACACCAAUAUAAAAAAAAAAUGAUCACAGAAUUAUUACUGCAUAUUUAUGUCGUUGAGUAGGCCUAUAUCAUUCGUAGAAUUACCAUUGACAAUGGGAAAAGUCCUGCUCACCCGUUUCCUCCCCCCAGCAGAAAUCCUACGCCGAAGCUGGUAUGUCCUUUCUCCAGGAUGAGUCAGACACGGUCUUAGCCUACGAGAACAAAGGCAAGACCACCGAACAGGAGCAGGCGGGGGCCGCCGAGGGUCGCGACCCCCUGAUGUCUGCCCUUAAUACCCUGGGCCGGGUUCAGCAGCUGGAGAUAAUCCACGGUACGAGGUGGUGGUGGGGAGGUUAAAGAAGAGACUGUACCAGUUCUCUCCCUAUCCCUUUGAUGUUUGCAGGUCUGAAGGUUCUGGGCAGGUAUGUGAAGUAGAGGAGUUUCCACCAUUAUUGCUUACACCCUACAGACCUGCAACCAUCAAAGCAUUAGGGAUAGGGAGAGAAUUGGGACCAUCUGACAGGGAGAGAGUGAGUGAAGGAAAGAGGUGAGGCAGGUGUCGUUAGUCAUUCCCUCGGCUGUAUUGAUUGAAAUACAGAUUGAAUUUAUUUUGUGUGGAGACGACUAUCGGUGCUGCAAUCAGAAAAGACAGCUGCUUUAAAACAUUUUUAUUUUCCUGGUUCUCAGGGUACAAUGACAUGAAGACUGAGCUGAAGGAUUUCCUGCAGAGAUUUGCUGCAGAAGGAAAGGUAGGUAAAACCUGCAAAUGUAUCAGCACACACACUAUUUAGUUGAAUGAGCAAUCAUAUCAGCAGUGUCAUCAUAUUUUGGUCCUCAGUUGAUGUUCACUAUCCCAGUGUCCCAAACCAACCUUCAAUAAAGAAUAGGACUAUAAUGAUAAUAUUGAUGAGGAUUGUUUUUCUCUCUAUUCACAUUGUGGUCCCUGAAUCUGGAAUGCCGCCUCCUGGCGGUCCUGUUCUUGGUGUGUGACCAUGAGAUCAAACUUUAUUUAAAGUAACUGUCCAAUAAAUCUAAUUCGGUCAAAAUCAUACUCCUAACAUGACCUUGACUCCCAUAUUUUCUUAUGUUUGUAGGCAAAGUCGCUACACCCAAUAAAAAUGUGUGCCCAAUUCCCCCCCCCCCCCCCCAGGUGGUGACUCCCGAGGACAUCCGACAGUUCUUCGAACAGCAGCAGAACCGCAAGAGACGACGGGCCAAUGCGGGCCAGUACUACUGCAGCUGAGCAGUCCAUCCGGACCACAACUCCCCGUCUCCCCUCUCCACAUUUCUCCAACACCUGUCAGUAUAGUUGUAUUCCUUUUCUUCUUCCCACUGAAUGUCAUUGCCUUGCGUCCAAUAUCUUCUAGUCCAAAUCCUCAGACGUUAUUGUUUGAACUUUGUAUGAGCUUUUGUGUUAUCUUGUUCUGGGCAGUAUGCUUUGUUGUACUGUACUCGGGGCUCUGCAGUGUGAUUUGUCUAUUGAGGCUAAGCAGGUUAAUGAACUGGCAUUUGAUUGAUGUGGAUGACACUGGUUAUUUUUUUCUAGAGGGAAUUGUUAGUCUAUCAUAGCUCUCCCUCAAGUGUUCCAGACAAAACAGACUCCAGUUUAUGGUGACCCCUUGACCUUUUCAUUUACCUUUUUAUUUGAAGAUAAACUUCAAUGGAUUUGCUCUUAAAGCUCAUUCAAAUGGAAUGCAUUAUCUAUUGCUGUGCUGCAAAUCAGAACUGGUUAAGCUGGUCAAAACAAAGGCAUUGUUUUGUCUAGUCGUUCAUCGUUCCUGCAACAUGCUUUCUUUCAACUCAUUCCUUUGACAAUGUAUCAUUUUGUAUUUGUCCUUAGUGGCAUCACAGCUGUUUGUAGAUCGCAUGAUUGCAGAACCUUGGCCCAUUAGUAUGGUUUGUAUUUUAAAGGACCACGUUUAAAUGUUACCAUUGGUUUCCCUGCUCCUUUUUAAUGUUCACUCUAAGAAAUAAAGCUAUGAAUAAUGUAAA